AUGGCAAACGACACCACUGUAGAAGUGCCAGUCACCAAGAUCCUCGCCGCCUUCGCCGCAAACGCCACAACAUCUCAACUGACACCUGAACUCAUCUUCAAAGUCAAAGAAGUCGUGAUUGACUACUGCGGCAUUGUUAUCGGCGCCCUUCCAACCGCCUCUGCUAAACCCAUCUACACAGCCAUCUCCACCCUCCAAGGCCCUCAUGCCAGCGGCUCCAGUACAGUGAUUGGGCAUGGCGCACCUCAUAUGCUACCGCAGUAUGCCGCUCUUGUCAACUCCGCUCUCGGUCACUCCCUCGACUUCGACGACACCUACGCUCCAGGCUCGCUGCACGCCGGCGUCACAUCCAUCUCAGCGGCCAUGACUUGUGCCGAACUCCUCGGCGCUGAGAAGGCGAGCAGUGAGAGUUUCAUGCUAGCCGUCUGCAUAGGCUACGAAGUGACUUGUCGUCUCGGCCGCGAACUCGGUAUGGACUCCUACCGCCGCGGAUUUCAUAUCACCUCUGUAGCGGGAAUCUUCGGCGCGGUGGCCGCCAUCGCUGUUCUGAAGCAUCUAUCAGCGGAGACGAUCGAGAUGGCAUUCGGAAUGGCGGGAAGUAAAGCCGCUGGAUCGAUGCAGUAUCUUGACAAUGGAUCUUGGAAUAAGCGACUGCAUCCGGGAUUUGCGGUGCAUGAUGCUUUUGUAUGCGUUGCGUUGGCUGAGGCGGGAGUUGUUGGAGCGACGAGGAUCUUUGAAGGAAACAUGGGCUUCUUGCAGGCUUACAGUCCGAGGGAAGACAAGGACUUGCAGAGGCUGGUUCGUGGACUGGGUCAGGAGUGGACGUGGCUGGAGUCCAGUCUGAAGCCGUUCCCGGCUUGCCGAAUGACGCAUGGUUUCAUUGAGAUCGCGGAUGGUAUGCGGAGGAAAAGCACGACUGAGGUCCGGGCGUCGGACGUCAAAGUCGUUGAAGUGGUCAUGCCGCCGGUGAAUCUGUUGUUGAUUGGCGACCCAACACCGAACAAGAUCCAUCCCGAGAACCAGAUCGAUGCGCAGUUCUCAGUCUAUUUUCAGGUGGCUAGUGCGUUACGCUACGGCUCCGGGAUGGGACUGAAGAUUUACGAUAUGCUGGACGAUUCAGAAAUCGCAGCGUUGUGCGAUAAGAUCACGGUGAAAACAGAUCCGGCGUUGAAGGUAUUUGCGGCUGUCCUAAAGGUGGAGUGGGAAGACGGGAGCGUCGAAGAAGCAAGACUGGAUUUCCCACUGGGCGAGGCUCAGCAUCCGUUCACACGGGACAAGGUGGAUGAGAAGUUCAUGGCUUUGGUGACUCCUAUUAUUGGGUCGGAACGGGGAGCAGAAAUCAUCAAGACGGUGGAUGAUCUGGAAAACCAUACCAUACAGGACCUAUUCAGACUGCUGAUGUGA